AGGCCCCGCGGGAGGAGGCAGGUCGGAGGCCGCCGCGGGGCCGGGCUUGCUACGACUCGGAGGAGCCCCGCUGAGGGGGAGGGGGGCGCCACUGGCACCGCGCCCUCCCGCCUCGGACCUGCCGCCCGUGGGAAGUUACAUGAUGUUCACAGAAGUGCUGAUUCGCCAAACAAGAUUGUUAAAGAAACUGCCCCCUGGUGGUCUGCCAAGGCAUCUCUGGGGCUGGCUAAAUGCAGUGUUCAAUCAGGUCGACCAUGAACGGAUCCAGGCUGUUGGUCCAGACAGAGCAGCUUCAGAGUGGCUCCUUCGGUGUGGCGCAUUGGUGCGCUACCAUGGCUAUGAUAGAUGGCAACAAGAUUACAAUGCACUCCCUAUGGGGCCGUUUGAGAAAUAUAAGAUCCAAGCAAUCGAUGCCACGGAAUCCUGCAUCAUGAACAAGGGAUUUGAUUAUUUGGAUGGUCUGAAGCAUCUUGAGGAAAUAAAAUUGUGCAAGUGCAUCUAUAUUGAGGAUGAGUGCUUACAGCGGAUUAGCGAGACUCCAAGCCUGCAGAAGAGCCUGCUGCGUUUGUUUCUCAUUUCUUGUGGGAAUGUCACAGACCAAGGCAUCAUUGCAUUGCAUAAGCUCAGCAACCUGGAAUAUUUGCUCCUGAGUGAUCUGCCUGGGAUCCGAGAGAAGGAAAGAACUGUUCAGUUCCUUAAGAAAUCAAUGCCAGCACUAGAGCUGGAAUUAGACUUGGAAUAAAGUUCUUGCCAUUCUAUUUGGCAUCAUUUGCAUUUUUAAAUCUGUGAAAUGAUCCUCCGAGCAGCCCAUGGCUAAUAUGGAAGUCCUUGGCUACUGAUUUUUUAUUUUUAUAUUUAUUUAUAUUUCAAAUUUGUCACCACCCAUCUCACCACAAAGUGACUCUGGGCGGUUUACAAUAAAAACUUACUUAAGAGAGGAAUGCUACAGACAGAAGCACGCAAAGCACAUAGUCUACUCCUUAAGCUCUGAUUACUCCCCUCGCAUGAGAUACAGAAUCCGAGAAUCUAUGGAGGAGAUGAGAAAUAUGUCUCCAUUCUUAAGGUUCUUUUACAUUUUUAUGGGAGGAGUUGACAUUAUAGGCUAAAUAUAGAGAUUGCUGGCCCGCAUAGUCAUAAGUAAAAGUGUUGUGAAUUAGCUUUUGGAGGAAAAUUCCUUUCCUACCCUGUCAUCUCAAAACAUUAAUAAAACCCCUUUUCUGCUUGGAUAAA